AUGUCUUUAACCAAGGGCGCACCUCCCUCCGAGGUCACUGCCAGUGAUCCUCCGGCUUCGACAGACCUCGAGUCCCCUGGUCCAGCUGUCGAGACUGAAUCCGACCAUGAAGACCAGCAAGAUGGUGUUCGAGUUGCUGAGGCUGUGACUUCCACUUGGUCGAAGAAGUCGUUGUACAUUGGCUAUGCUUCGAUGUGGUUCAUCUAUUUCGUCAACGGAUUAAACAACAACUUCACUACAAAUCUCAGCCCCUAUGUCACGAGUAGUUUCUCAGGCCACUCACUACUCUCUGUGAUAAGUGUCGUGACGAGUGUCAUGGGCGCUUCGUGCUUGCUACCGAUCGCCAAAGUGCUUAACCUCUGGGACCGCACCUUGGGAAUGUCUAUUAUGAUUGCCAUCGCCAUGAUGGGUCUGAUCAUGAUGGCUUCCUGCAAUAAUAUCGCAACGUAUUGUGCCGCACAAUCGUUCUACACUGUGGGUCUCACUGGCGUUAUCUUUUGCGUUGACGUGAUGACUUCCGAUACCUCGAAACUUCGAAACCGAGGAAUUGCAUUCGGUUUCACCUCUUCCCCUUAUAUCAUCACUGCAUUCUCUGGAGCGGCCUUGUCCAACCAAUUCCAUGAGACGAACUGGCGAUGGGCUUAUGGAACUGUCUGCAUUAUCCUCCCGAUUGCAGCGAUGCCCUUGAUCGUCACUUGGCAACUCGCAAAAAAGAAAUCUGAUAAGGAUGGAAGACUCCACUACAAGCCUCGAAGCACUCGCACUUGGUACGAAAGUGUCUGGUUCUAUGUUGUUGAAUUUGAUGUCGUUGGAAUCUGCCUCAUGAUCGGCGGUUUAAUCCUCUUCCUUACUGCCUUCAACAUCGCCGGAAAUACCGAGGACCAAUGGAAGUCGCCUAAGAUCAUUGCCAUGAUCGUUGUCGGCUUCUGCACACUUCUUUCAUUUGUGGCCUAUGAGCGUUGGGGUGCUCCAAAGCCCUUUAUCCCAUACCACCUCAUCCAGGAUCGGACAAUUAUUGGUGCGGGUCUGCUGGACAUUACCUAUCAGAUAUCCUACUAUUGUUGGGCUACUUAUUAUACUUCAUUCCUGCAAGUUGUCUACGGCACAAGCGUCACACAAGCCGGUUAUAUCAGUGCCAUCUUUGACCUAAUGGACCCAAUCUGGCUCAUCGGCUGUGGUUUUCUCAUGCGAAAGACCGGUCGGUUCAAGUGGCUUCUGUGGUGUGCAGUCCCGCUCUACCUUCUGGCUAGCGGGUUGAUGAUCUACUUCCGCAGACCUGGAUUCAGCGUUGGUUACAUGUGCAUGUGCCAAAUUUUCCUCGCCGUCGGCGGUGGAACCAUGAUUCUCAUUGAACAGGUGUCUGUCUUGUCUGUCUCUAAGCACGAGGACUAUGCAGCCAUGUUGGCCUUGCUUAGCACCUUUGGUAACAUCGGUGGAGCCGUUGGUAGCAGUGUUUCUGGAGCCGUCUGGACUAACACUCUCCCUAAGAAGUUGCGGGAGCUUCUGCCGGCUGAGACGCAAGACCAAUGGGAGAGUAUUUAUGAAGAUUUGAGUGUGCAGUUGAGCUACCCUAUUGGGUCGCCAACUCGCACUGCCAUUCAGAAUGCGUAUGCGUCUACUCAACGCAACAUGAUGAUUGCCGGCACGUGUAUUAUGGUACUUUCCCUUAUUUGGGUAGGCAUGAUGAGAAACGUGAAGCUCCAGGACAAGAAGUCCCUCUCGCAGGUCCUGUUCUAG